AUGCCUCGGAUCGGUGAGGCCGGUGUUUGUAUUCAAGAAGUCGUUGUUCACAAACAUUCGAUUCCAAGCAGUGACAAAGUUGAUGUUGAGAUCGUACACGACGGCCAAGUUUCUGGCCAAGUUUCUAAGAUUAGUGGCGCAAGCAUGAGUUGCAGAUGCCUAAGCAGUCAUGCCGUCGACAAUGAGCUGUGUGGACUUGUCGACACGAAUGGCAUCUAUAUCAAGGGCUAUGAUAGUCAUGCAGGAAAAGGUAACUGCAUCAUAUUCAUCGAGAAGAACAUUCCCUUCAAAACCGAUAAGGUCGGACAAUAUUCCGACUGUGAAAUCCAACAUGAUAUACAUGCCGCAUGCGUGUACUGUGUCGACGAAGUUUACCCAAUCAUCAAUAGUACCCCAAUGAUGAUCCAAUACAGAGAAGUCGAGAAUAACCUGAAAAAAAACAGUCCUGCGCAAACAGCAACGCAGAGCGAUCACCAGACUGCAGAUUCUGUGGCAACAAUGCAGAACCGUAAGAGUGCUCCGUCGAGACGGUGCACGCCAGUCUUGUUUUUCCAUAAGAAAAAAGCGACUGUUGGAUCACAUCAAUCAAAUAAGGUCUUGGCGAAGUUGAAAGGCUGGAAAAGGCUCACGGAUAACAGAAAGAAUGACAUCGAUCAUUUCAAAAAUGUAACAUCACUAGGCUUGGGAUUGACGAUGCUCGGACGUGAAAAAGCCUUCGCCUAA